UGUAUCGAAGCACGAUAGCACAGCAGCAAAUCACCAAUGUUGGCUGAUUUGAACUCGGUGGCUGGGGGUUAUUUUGCUAAAAAUUUGAACUCAAAAUAACCAAAAAUUUACUCAAAACACUACCAGAAGUUCUCUCACUCUGGGUACCUUUCUGCGGCUCUUGGUGUGGCUGUAGUGUUGCGGGGGGACCAGUCUUGGUAGUUGUUGUCGUGUUGGCACUGGUCGUGUCUUGGACUUGGUGUCAGCUCAAGGCUGUGCGUUAGAAUGUCGGAAGACAAUCAACAACGCAAGAAACGCGGGCGAUUUGAACACUGGUCAUCUUUGAGUGAAGGUGUAGAUAAGCCCUGUUUGAAGGCGUUUCAAGUUGCAAUCAAUCUGAAUGGUACUAACGUACAGCCUGCGGGUAAACAUUCAAGUUUUGGGGUACUUCAAAUUCAGACUCGAAUCACCAUAGUAUACGCUAAAAUCAGAUCAACAAUCGUUGAUCAUCACCAUCAAAUUUACAUCGUGAUUUCGGUUAGACCUCAUUUUGAAUCAUCAUCAGUGCAGCUUGAUUUGCGUCGUGAUUUCAAUUUUGCCUUGCGGAAUCGGGUUGGUUGUCAAGAUCGAUUUGCAUCGUGUUUCUUGAUCAUGCCUACAGUUUGUUUGUUGGUGAAGGUUUGUUGUUUGUUUGUCCGCCGACUUUCGCGACAUCAACGACAUUUGGUGCCGCCAACUUGCACCAGCUCCAGCACAGGAGGACCUCGAGUACUAGCCUCUGCACUGGAAAAGUGA